AUGAACCCUGAAAAAUGGGUCUUCGGUGCAAUAUUAUUGCUUCUGGUUCUUUUCUUUGGACUUGGCAAUUCCACUGACACUAUAACUCCAACCCGACCCAUCAAAGACGAUGACAUUUUGGUAUCCGAUGGUGAGACCUUCACACUUGGGUUUUUCAGUACCAAAAAUGAAACAUCCAAUCGUAGAUAUGUUGGAAUAUGGUACAACAAGAUCUCCGAACAAACCGUAGUUUGGGUUGCCAAUCGAGAUAACCCAAUCAACGGUUCCUCCGGAGCAAUAUCCAUCAACCAAGAUGGAAACCUUGUCAUCUACGAGCACAAUUCCCAAAAUAACAUUACCACAACACUUUGGCAGACAAAUGUUUCGACAAGCAGUUCUUAUUCAGCUCAACUCUUAGAUUCGGGGAAUUUGAUGUUGUUGUUUCAAGGUGGUGAUACUAAUAAUGGAAGUGUUGUUGUGUGCAAUGAAGAGUUUUCUGUGAUGUAUGGUCUCACUAAUGCCUCAAUCAUGUCGAUGAUAUUCUUGGAUGAAUCUGGGUAUUUACAACAGAGCACAUGGGAUGAGAACAGUGCUAGAUGA